GCGAACGAGCCGCUUGUACCCGAUCCCACUCCGCUGGAAAGGAGGCUAGAAAUGACGGAUGCGGCCAUGGAAGAGACACACGGGGACGGUGUAUUGACAUCCCAGGAAGCCGUGCAAGUUUAGCGUGGAAGCAACUACCUCUUCACUUCCACCGACUCUUUCCUCCUCCUUCUCCGGCUGGCAGAAAUUUAUAAAGAAGAAAAAAUCCGCCGAGGGAGGGAGGAGGAGGGGGGUUGAUUAUACGCCGAAGCUGAAAUCGAGAGGCGAACCCAGGGAAAGAGUCAUUCGUACACGGGACUUUCCCCCUCUUAAUCCCCCUAAAGGAGGGGGAAAAGUCGCAAUAUUGGAUACAAAACGGAAUGAGCUUCUAACGGCGUGAAAACGCCCUCAAUUGUGAAUACUUUAUAUAUUUUUAUUCCGAGGAAAAUAUGGCCGAGAACGUUCUGGACUCUGGCCCGCCUUCAGCCAAGAGGCCUAAGCUCUCCUCUCCGGCACUUUCCGCCUCUGCCAGCGACGGAAACGAUUUUGGCUCACUGUUUGACUUGGAGCAUGACCUGCCAGAUGAGCUCAUCAGCACUAAUGAACCAGGCCUUGUCAAUGGGGGAGAUCUCAACCAGUUGCACACCACGCUGGGGGGAGGCCCUGGGGUUCUGGGUCCUGGUGGAGGUCCAGUAGGAAUGGGAUUUGGUCUUGGUCCAGGAGGAGGGACUGGAGGUAUUAGUGGAGGCCAGGAUGCAGUGGCCAAGCAUAAACAGCUGUCAGAGCUGCUGCGCUCAGGUGCGCCAACGUCCAACCCACAGGGGCUCCAAGGGGCCCUGGGGAGCCCAGGAGGGCCCACUGCUAUUGGGCAACACUUGGCAAAUAUGAAGGCUUGCCCUGGCCAGUUACCUCAGCAGAUAAUGGGGCAGCAGCACCUCUCUCCUCAGCAGCAGGCAAGCAUGAUGCAGCAGAAUGCCGUCGCUGGAAUGAUGGGCGGUAUGAACAGGGCCAUGAUGGCGGCGCAGCAGAAAGGAAAUAACGGACAGUCGCAACCAGGCAUGUUGGGGAACCAGGUGAUGAAUGGUACUCCAAGGAUGGGCUUCGGGAAUCAAGGAAUGGGGGGCAACAGCAACCUGUUGGCUGAAACGUUACAGCAGCAGGCAGGUGCAGGCCAGGGAGGCAUCAGAGGCCAACAACCAGGAGUGCUGAACAAGAUUGCAAUGAUGGGCAACCAGGGGGUUCCCUUUGGAGGACCAUAUGCGGGGCAGGGUAAUCAAGGACUUGGUGCUGCAGGGCUGGGCUGCAAACAUCAGAACAAACGUCCCUUACCUAACAACGUAGCUCAAUUCAAUGUGGACAAGAAGAGUCAGCCCAUGCAAGGAAUGGCCACCAUGGGCUCCCAGCAGUCACAGUCAGGUGUUGGCGUACCCUCAGUUGCACCUGUAGGGGGGGCAUCUGGCAUGGUUCCCAAUGCUCAGGGAGGUCUGGUCGGUCCUGGUACCCAGGUCUCGACAGCCUCUGUUGCAGCUGGCACACCGCCCACUGCUGAUCCUGAGAAGCGCAAACUGAUCCAGCAGCAGCUCGUUCUCCUACUUCACGCCCACAAAUGUCAGAGAAGAGAGCAGGCCAAUGGUGAGGUCCGACAGUGUAACCUGCCUCACUGUCGCACUAUGAAGAACGUCCUCAAUCACAUGACACAUUGCCAGGCUGGCAAGAAUUGUCAGGUCGCUCACUGUGCAUCAUCGAGGCAAAUCAUCUCCCACUGGAAAAACUGCACUCGACAUGACUGUCCAGUGUGCCUGCCUUUGAAGAAUGCUGGAGACAAGAGGAACAACCCACAGUGUGAGUCUCUUUUGGGUGCGACUGGUGCAGGUCUGAGCAGCUCCCUUGGGUCAGUCCCCGGUAGCCAACUUACUGCUCCUAACCUCAACCCACCGAAUCAGAUUGACCCCAGUUCUAUAGAAAGAGCCUAUGCAGCCCUGGGACUCACCUACCAGGGGAAUCAGAUCCAGAGUCAGCCUUCCCAGCCCAACAUGGCCAACCAGGGCCUUCAAGGGGAAACCGGUAUGAGACGGAUGAAUCCAAUGGGCUCAAAUCCUAUGGGAGUUAAUGGAGGUGUUGUAGCUCCUUCCCAGAGUCAACAGAACAACUUGCUGCAGGACACUAUGAUGCACCUCAAUGUGAACAACCAGGGCCUGAUGAAUGAGGCCAGUGGGGUCGGCUCAAUGCCAACAGCAGCGCCUCUCUCCGCCACAGGAAUGAGAAAAACCUGGCAUGAGGAUAUCACGCAGGACCUGCGAAACCACUUGGUGCACAAACUCGUUCAAGCCAUUUUUCCAACUCCAGAUCCUGCAGCCUUAAAGGACCGCCGUAUGGAAAACUUGGUGGCUUACGCCAGAAAAGUUGAAGGAGACAUGUACCAGUCGGCAAACAGUAGAGCUGAGUACUACCACCUGUUAGCUGAGAAGAUCUAUAAAAUCCAGAAAGAGCUAGAAGAGAAGAGGAGGACCCGUCUCCAGAAGCAGGGUCUUGGUCUUGGCCCUACUGGAAUGAGUCAGCCUCCCACUGGACUGCCUCCAAAUGGCCCUAUUCCUGAACCAUCAAUUGUUCGACCCAGUGGACCAAAUCAGAUGGUCAACAGGAUGCAAGGACCAGGCAUGAAUCAAUUCAAUCAAAUGGGGAUGCAGUCUAUGAGCCAGAGAUCCACUCCUCCUCUGUCUGGAAAUCAGAUGGGAAUGGUUGGACCAAGGAUGGGUCAGCCUAAUGUUAACCAACUACAGAACCAGUAUAUGUCCCAGGGACAGUUUCCAAGUUCAGGACCCGGAGUCGGAACAACUGCUCCUGGGAUGGCCCAGUCAGGACCCCAGGGUAACUUGGCACAGACGCAGAUGGGCACUCCUCCCUCUCUCCCAGUUGCUAGUCCUUUGGCACAACCAGGUUCUGUAAGCAGUUCUGGCGGUGUCUGCACUGUGGGUCCCAUGGGUCCUCAGAGUGUUGGUGGUGGAGGUCCCAACUCAGCUCUUGGAGCCCCUGCCUCAGCAAUGACUCCUAAUGCAAACCAACAACCCAACUCCAUCCCCCAUUUAGGAGCCAUGCGUGGCAGCUCACCCUCACCAGCUCACAGUCGUUCGCCUACACCUCAUCAGACACCCCCGAGACUAGCAGGGUCCCAAACCCCUCAGCCGCACACCCCUAAUGCACCACAGCUAGUACCACCCCACACCCCCCAGCAGAACCAGCUGGGCCAAGGCCCUGGCUCCAACAAGCCCCUUCAGCAGCCUCAUGUUGGGACUGGAUCCUCUACUCCUUCUCACCCUGGACUUGGUUCCGGCUCAACGCCGCAUGGUGCUCAGCUGCCACGCACCCCGUUGUCCCAAAAAGGUUCAUUCCAAGCGGACAGUCAAGCCCUGACUCCUGCCUCUGUCAACAGCUUAGAUACUUCCUUACAGCAGGCUCAAUCAGACACUACAGCUGCUGUCACCAAUCCCAAAGUUGAGGUCAAACAGCAGGAUGAAGCGGAGGAGAGCGAUUCUGGCAGUGUUUCCAAAGGGGGAAAGCUCAGCAACGUGAAAAUGGAAGAAAUCCCUUUGAAAAUAGAAGUGAAAAAGGAGGAAUGUUCUGGAGAAGGAGGUAAAGGAGUUCCUAUGGAUACGUCAACAACCCCACCAACAUCAAUUGUGAAAACAGAAGAUAAAAAACCAGUAGUGAAAAAGGAGGUGAAAGAGGAAGAAGUGUCAUCGGAAUCAGCUGUAUCGCAAGCUCCAGUAAAAAAGAAAAUUUUUAAGCCAGAAGAGCUUCGUCAGGCUCUCAUGCCAACACUUGAGUCUCUCUACAGACAAGAACCAGAGUCGCUGCCGUUCAGGAUGCCUGUUGACCCCCAGCUGCUGUGCAUACCUGACUACUUUGAGAUUGUAAAGAACCCCAUGGAUUUGUCCACUAUCAAGCGGAAGCUAGACACAGGUCAGUACCAGGAUCCCUGGCAGUAUGUGGAUGACAUCUGGCUCAUGUUCAACAAUGCCUGGCUCUACAACCGCAAAACAUCUCGAGUCUACAAGUGCUGCUCCAAACUGGCUGAGGUCUUUGAACAAGAGAUUGACCCGGUCAUGCAGAGCCUUGGCUACUGUUGUGGAAGAAAGCUGGAAUUUUCCCCUCAGACCCUAUGCUGCUAUGGGAAGCAGUUGUGCACUAUUUCCAGAGACUCCGCUUACUUUAGCUACCAGAACAGAUCACCACAAUUUCGGCUUAUUGCUGACAGGUACCACUUCUGUGAGAAGUGUUUUAACGAGAUCCAGGGAGAGACCGUGUCCCUGGGUGACGACCCCACUCAACCACAGGCCUCUAUUAACAAAGAUCAGUUUGAGAAGAAGAAAAAUGACACACUGGACCCCGAACUGCUUGUUGAAUGUUUGGACUGUGGACGCAGAAUGCACCAGAUAUGCGUCUUGCACAAUGAUACAAUUUGGCCAUCGGGUUUUGUAUGUGACGGCUGCCUGAAAAAGACCAAUAAGACGAGGAAAGAGAACAAGUAUUGCGCUAAAAGGUUGCCUCAGACCAAGCUGGGCAGUUUCCUGGAGAUGAGGGUGAAUGAUUUCCUCAAACGUCAGACCCACCCAGAAGCUGGAGAGGUCUUCAUCCGCAUGGUACACGUCUCAGACAAAGUUGUGGAGGUCAAACCCGGCAUGAAAUCCAGAUUUGUGGAUAGUGGGGAGAUGUCAGAGUCUUUUCCAUAUCGGACAAAAGCCCUUUUUGCCUUUGAAGACAUUGAUGGAGCAGACGUCUGUUUUUUUGGAAUGCAUGUUCAAGAGUAUGGCUCCGACUGCCCUCAACCCAAUCAGAGACGAGUUUACAUCUCCUACCUGGACAGUGUGCAUUUUUUCCGGCCACGAAGUCUGAGAACAGCUGUUUACCAUGAAAUUCUAAUUGGCUACUUGGAGUAUGCCAAGAGGUUGGGGUACACAACUGGCCAUAUUUGGGCUUGCCCGCCCAGUGAGGGGGACGACUACAUCUUUCACUGUCACCCUGUUGAUCAGAAGAUUCCAAAGCCUAAGCGUCUGCAGGAAUGGUACAAGAAGAUGUUGGACAAAGCCGUGGCAGAGCGAAUAGUGCAUGACUACAAGGAUAUCUUCAAGCAGGCGACCGAGGAUCGUUUAACCAGUGCCAACGAGUUGCCUUACUUUGAAGGUGACUUUUGGCCCAAUGUACUAGAGGAGAGUAUUAAAGAGCUGGAGCAAGAAGAGGAAGAGCGGAAGAGAGAGGAGAACAGCACUUCCAAUGAGAGUGUUGAUGACAGUAAAGGUGACAGUAAAAAUGCAAAGAAGAAGAACAAUAAGAAGACAAGUAAGAACAAGAGCAGCCUGAGCCGAGCCAAUAAGAAGAAGCCUGGGAUGCCCAAUGUUUCCAAUGACCUUUCACAGAAACUCUAUGCCACUAUGGAAAAACAUAAAGAGGUGUUCUUUGUGAUCCGGCUAAUCGCGGCCCCAAUGGCCAAUGCACUGCCCCCCAUCGCCGACCCUGAUCCCCUGAUGGCAUGCGACCUCAUGGAUGGCCGUGAUGCCUUCCUUACCCUGGCAAGGGACAAACACCUGGAGUUCAGUUCGUUGAGGAGGUCUAAGUGGAGCUCCAUGUGCAUGUUGGUGGAGCUGCAUAAUCAAAGCCAAGACCGCUUUGUCUACACGUGCAAUCUGUGCAAACACCAUGUGGAGACUCGUUUCCACUGUACUGUCUGCGAGGACUAUGACCUCUGCAUCACAUGUUAUAACACUAAGGGCCAUGAGCAUAAGAUGGAGAAGCUAGGCCUUGGUUUGGAUGAUGAGAGCAGUAACCAGACUGGUGCCACCACUCAGAGCCCCGGAGACUCGCGCCGCCUCAGCAUCCAGCGCUGCAUCCAGUCUCUGGUCCAUGCCUGCCAGUGCCGAAAUGCAAACUGCUCACUGCCGUCCUGCCAGAAGAUGAAGCGUGUUGUUCAGCACACGAAAGGCUGCAAGAGAAAAACCAACGGUGGCUGCCCCAUCUGCAAACAGCUUAUUGCACUGUGUUGCUACCAUGCUAAGUACUGCCAGGAGAACAAGUGCCCAGUGCCGUUCUGCCUGAACAUCAAACACAAGCUACGUCAGCAGCAGCUGCAGCACAGGCUUCAGCAAGCCCAGAUGCUGAGGAGGAGGAUGGCCAGCAUGCAGAGAGUAGGCAAACCUGCACCAGGAGGUGCUCCAGGUGGGAACGGCCUGCCCUCUCCAGGAGCCAACAAUGGAGCAACCGGGCCUGGUACGCCCACAUCUGUCGGCACACAGCCUCCAACGCCACAGACGCCCACGCAGGGAAACAUGCUUGCACUCCCUCAGCAGCAGGGAGUGGGUGUGGUGGGAGUUGGAGCCGCAGUACAGCAGCUUCAGCCACAAGGUGCAAUGCCUCCUCAGCAUCAUCUACAGCAUCAAUUUCAGGCAAUGGGUGGAGGGGGUGUGAUGAACUCUUCCCAGCAACAGAUGGUGCCUCAGCUCCAGCAACAGCAGCCUCCCAACGUCCAGCAACUCCAGCAACAGCAACAUCCAGGUGGUUUGCCACCAUACAAUCCCAGACCUCCAGGGGCCUCUCCUCUUCACCAGUCCCUGGGCAAACCUGGACUUGGCCCGGCCACCCCACCUCAGCAACAACAACCAUCCAACCAGGUUCAAGGGUCCAUGCCUGGUCAAAGUCAACAGCAAGGGCCUCCUUUGGCAGCUGUAGAGACUGCCCUAAAAAUCCUGGCAGAGACUCAGAGGCAGAUGGCUCAAUCUCAAGCUCAAAUCCGAGGCUUGGGACCAGGGGGAAUGAUGCCCCAGCAUCCUCAACAUCCUCACCACCAGAACAACCAGGCCCAGAUGGUCAUGCCCCACAUAGGAGCUCAAGGUAUUCCACCGCAGGCUCAGGGAAUUGUAGGCAGGACUAUGUUAGACCCACAGCAGCAGGGAAUGCUUGCUGGUAUGCAGCAAGGCGGCCCCCUGUCUCAGUUGCCCCCUCAAGCUCAGCAGCAUCUCCAGCCAGGAGGUGGUGGGCAACUUCAACAACCAAACCAGCAGUGGGGCACUGGGGGACCAGGCAUGAACCCGCAACAAAGGCCGGGCAUGAUGGGUCACAUAGCGGCACAGCAACAGUCAGCGGCUGCCCAACAGCAGCAACUUGGUCAGCAACAACCUCAGCCAGGAAAUCGUGGCCUGAUGCAGGUGAUGGGUGUUACAGGAGGAGCUGCAGGUAAUCAAGCGAUGCCGGGUGCUGGUGGAUCGGGAAACUUGCCCCAAGCAGCACUACAUGAUCUCCUGAGAACGCUGCGCUCCCCAAGUUCCCCCCUUCAGCAGCAACAAGUCCUCAACAUUCUCCGGUCCAACCCCACCCUCAUGGCGGCUUUCAUCAGGCAGCGAGCUGCCCGGUAUCAGGGGGGUCAAGGUUGCGCUGGAGGAGGGCCUCCACAAGGCCAUGGAGGCGUGAGGUUCCCGGGGGCUGCUAGUGGUCUACCUGGUGUCGGAGGGCCAGGACCUAAUCAGCUGGCUAACAUGGAUGGUCAACAGGUUAAUGUGAACCAAGCAGGACAACCAGGAAUGAACAUGGCUCAGGGGGCUGCUGGAGGUGGGAAUAUACCCACCAUGGCUCAGCUCCAGCAACUCCAGCAGCAGCAACAACAACAACGCCCAAUGUUGCCUGGUAACCUACAGCAGCAGCAGAUGGCGGUCUUGCAGCAGCAGCAGCAACAACAACAACAACAGUCUGGACAACAAAACAGUAUGUCCAACAUGACUCCUCAGUUCAGAGAACUGUUAAUGAGAAGACAGCAGCAGCAGCAGCAACAGCAACAGCAACAGCAGCAGCAGCAGCAGCAGCAGCAGCAGCAGCAACAGCAACAGCAACAGCAACAACAGCAACAGCAGCAGCAGCAGCAGCAGCAGCAGAUGGCGAACCAUGGACAGUUCCAGCAGCCUCAAGGACUCCAACAGCAAGGACAGCAGGGCUUCAUGCAGCCUGGGAUGCCCCCUUCCUCCCAAACCCAGCCUGGGGGAGGGUCAAGGGGCCCCCAGCAGCAGCAAGGAGGACCCCAGGGUGGUCCAGGGCAACUGGGCCAGCAGCAAAGUUACUCGGGAAAUGUGUCUCAAGUGACUGCAGCUCUCCAACAAAGGCUGCAUCAAAUGCAAAUGCACCAACAGCAACAAAAUGCCAUGGCUGGACCUCAGGGGCAAGAUGGAGGGCCAGGUGGUGGUGGUGGCGGCGGCAUGCCAGGGAGUUCCCCUCUCCAGCAAGGACAAGCGGUAUCAGGGCACCAACAGCAAGGCGUGCCACAGACAUCCCAAGCUAUGCUUCACCAGAACAUCCACCAGAGGCUCCUUCAGCAGCAGCAACACCUUGGAGGGGGUUCCCCGGCCCAGCACAGCAGCCCAAUGAGCCCCCAGCAGCAAAUGGCGCAGUCCCCGCACCCCCACCUCCAAGGACAAGGGGGACUUGGUCCAGCUAGCACGCUCGGCAGCCAGGUUCGAUCGCCACAGCCGUCGCCGCGGCCACAGUCACAGCCUCACCGCUCCAGCCCGUCCCCGCGCAUGCAACCCUCCUCUCAACCUCAGCCGCAGCCUUCGCCGCAUCGCAUUUCACCACAGACCCAGACUGGAUCACCUCAUCCCAGUCACAUGGGCCAGCAUCACCCCAGUAUGGCACCGCCCCAAACCCCACAACAACAACAACAGCAGCAGCAGCAGCCAGGCGGUUCUGUAGAUCAGUUCAGCUCAGAUCAAAACUCCAUCAUGUCACAGCUGAGUGGAAUGGCGGCCAUGCAUGGAAGCCAAGCGGGACAGUCAGACAUGAUGGCUGCUAAUAAUAAUAAUAACAACAAUAAUAAUAACAACCAGGAACUCGCAGCGAACGUGAACCACAACACUUUGGACCUCAUGUAGCCAUCAUUCAUGCUCUCAUCUCUUUGACCCAAUGACAAACGGCCAUUAAGUGAGAGUCUGAACUAAGGUUUUUUUUUUUGUUUUUUUGGCUGGGGAGAUUUUUAGAAGUUUGAAUUUUUUAUUUAAAUAUUUUUGUGAUGUAUGAAUAAGAACUGACUCCCUAUGGGAGAUGCAGCAUCAAAUCCUACAAGUCAAUAAAAAGAAUAACUUAAAAGGAUGGUAAAUUAUUGCUGUUAAUAUAUAUCUAUUUUUGCCAACAUGUGUACAAAAUGGUGGAAGGGCAAAGUUUCAGGUGGAAGAGAUUUCUUCUGUCUAUGACAAUAUUUUUGGGGGACUGAGAAUUUUUUGCCUUUUUAUGAAUAUUUUUAAGAUUUUAAAUGUGGCGAAAAAUUAAGUGAGUUGACGAGAUGUACUUUUUUUUCUAAAAAAAAUAUUCAGUUUCCCUCCUGUAACCCACUCAUGAUUGUAUCGUUUGCAGAGGAAAAAAAGUAUAUUUUAUUUCUGAAUUUAUACAAUAUGUUUUUGUGAGUGGAUCAUAAAACGUUUUACAUUUUAGGAUUUGUUUCAUGGAUAGUUUUUCUUUUCAUGCACAUGAAAUGAAAUGUGUGUGGGGCACUCCGUUCUCCAAAGAACUGGCCAACUUUAAAAAGUGCAGUCGGUCUAAUUUAAAUUUGUGUACAGAUUUUUUUUUUUUAUUAAUUUCUUUGGGGUCGUUGCAGAAGUUUGCAAAUUUUCUGUCUACAGCCUCUGAUUCAAUCUCUCUCACACAUGUUAGUACUGUACAAAGUUCCAAAAUGUUUCGCUUACAUACUGUAUUUUAUAAUGAAAAUGAAAGCUGUACAAAAACCCUUGUGUAUAUAAUUUAAACUCCUCCCUUCCAAUUGGAUAUUUGCUGUAUGUGUACAGGAGAAAAAACCCAAUUACUGAUUGACUGUAUAGUAUUGAGAUCUUUCUGUCCUUGGAAGUUCAGUACAAGGUGUUGGACGCCACACGCACCGAUGCGCCUUUUUUUCAGUGUUUUGUUUUUUGCAAAGUCGACAAAUCCCACACCUGACUAAUCCUAUAACUUGCAUGUGAAAAGCCGACGUGAGGCUCGAUUAGAUUUCAAACUAGCUUUUUAUGAAAACAUGCUCACUAUUUUUCCUCCAAAAGGUUGAUGGGUAUGGGGUAUGGGUUUGAACUCGGUGGCAAUAUAUCUUGAGACUUAUUUUAUAAGAAAAUAAAAAACAAGGAAAAAUGUCUUUUAUAUAUAUAUACAUAUAUAUAUAUAUAAAUCGAUAUAUUAUUUAAUUUUAUUUUUGGGAAAUACAACUUGAUGCUACAAAAAUUAUUGGAUAAAUGCUUUUGUUUUGUAUUAAAGAUAUGUUGAUGCAAAAUGACACUGCGGAGAGAAGACAUUGCACCAUCCUCCUUGAAGUACAGGAACAUGCUGUAGAUGGAAACAGUCACUGUACAAACUGAUGGCAACUGAACAAUGUUUUUUUAUCAUUUCCGCUCCAACAGAGAGAGAAAAAUACUGGAAGUAAGACUUAUUUAUAUAUUAAGUAUUCAAAUGGAAUUUUGACUUGUUUUUUUUGUUCUCGUCGACAAUUUUGGUGCUUGCUGAGAGAAAGCAAAAAUAACUGUUGCUCCAUUUUCAUUAUUUUUUUUCUAAGUUAUUUUGGUGGUCUGACUGUUUUUUCCAAUAAAUUAAUUGUACAAUAAAGUAUGUUUGUACCAUUGGGAAACAA